AUGAGGAGUACUCUCUCCAUUCAACCUUUUCUUCGUAUACAAUCUCUUCAUCGAUCAUCCAUCAUUGUUCAUACUAGAAAACAAUUUCAGACUAUCACAUCUUCCAAGACAACCAUACCCAAAAGAUCUGGAUGGGCAGGCUACAAAUUGAUGAGAGAACUGGACAGAAAAAAAUUUGACGUAAUGGUGGUAUCUCCCAGUACUUCUGUGGGAUCCUUAGAAUUCCGCUGUGUAACAGAACCUGUCAGAGGAUAUUCAAAAGAUAUUGAUUACUAUCAAGCUACUUGUGAUGAUAUUGAUGUGGAAAGCAAGGUGAUUCAUUGUACAAGUCAAGUCCCUGAAACGAAAAAGACAACCUUUUCUUUAGAAUAUGAUAUCUUGGUGAUUAGUGUCGGGUCUUACUCGAAUACAUUCGGUAUCCCUGGGGUGAAGGAACAUGCUUUAUUUCUACGCGACGUCGACCACGCUCGUAGUAUUCGAAAGAGAUUGAUAGAAUGUUUUGAAUAUGCCUCUCAACCUGGUUUGACGGAAACACAGAAAAGAAAUCGAUUACACUUUGUAGUAGCAGGCGCGGGACCAACGGGAAUAGAAUUUUCAGCCGAACUGUAUGAUUUUAUUUCCAGAGAUGCGUCUCGACUUUAUCCUGAGUUGAUCCGUUUUAUCAGUAUGACUUUAUACGACGUGGCUCCUCAUAUUUUGAAUGGGUUUGAUUCAGAUCUCUCUUCCUAUGCUCAUCAACAUUUUGAUCGAAAAGGCAUCCGUAUUAAAACACAACGCUUUGUAGAAUCUGUGAUGGAGGACAAAUUAAUCAUUCGUAAUGAAGGCGAAGUUCCAUAUGGUCUCCUUGUAUGGUCCACUGGUUUAUGCGAAAAUCCAUUAGUAACGAAACUGGAUGUUGCUAAAGAUGACAGAAAACAAAGAAUCUUGACGAACUCUCAUCUUCAAGUACUAGAUAAAUCUCAUAUCCCAUACCCUGACCUAUUCGCUAUUGGAGACUGUGCUACUAUGAAAAAUCAAGAUUUGCCAUUGACUGCUCAGGUGGCAACCCAGAAAGCAAUGUACUUGAGUAAAGUGUUGAACGGUAAUGGAUCUAUCCAAGAAUUCGAGUUUCGAAAUCGAGGAAUGAUGGCUUACAUUGGAGGAUCGGAAGCUUUAGUGGAUAUGUCUUCCGUUCACCAAGGAGCAAAAAACUCUGGUCGAUUAGCAUGGUUACUAUGGCGCUCAGCUUACUUUUCCAUGAGCAUGAGUAUCCGGAAUAGAUUAUUAAUUCCACAUUAUUGGUUGUUGACCUGGAUCUUUGGACGGGAUAUCACUCGAUUUUAGAUGAAAUCCCAACUUGUUGAUAAAUACUUGUAGAUGAUGAAUCCCUUCUGUAAC